AGGUGAGGAGUGAAAAGAAAACUAGAAAUGAAAGGGAAAAGGAAAGAUUGAUCUAACUUUACUCAUUAUAUUGUUUUAAUUAACUUAUGCUCACGAGAGGGAAAGGAUUAAAAACAAUUACAUGAUAUUAUCACACAUAUGCAUAAUUUCGUCAGAAAAUUUAAGGGGGAUGAAAAUGGUUUAUCAUUUUCCCUUGCAAACAUGACAGUGUCUAGAGCAUCCAAAUUAAAAUAGAUUCAAAUUUGGGGAAGGUGAAUCUUUUUCUUUUGCCACAUAUCUCUCUCCUUUGAUCCAUUUGCUGAAAUUUUUACAUAACUUUUCUAUGUAAAACCCCUAAUAACAGCCUUUCUUGUGUCAAUGUUUUGUAUGCUUAAGUCCACUGAGUUUGAUUAAGAAAUAUUUUAUUAUUUAUGCAACAAUUAAACAAUUCUAUACAACAAAAUUCUUUUAUAGAAGAUGGGGUGUUUCAAUGCCUUGAAAUACAUGAAGAAAAAGGGUGAAAAAUGCAACACACAACAUAUCAGCCAUAGUGAGCAUGCAUCUACUGCACUGCCUCAACUUGAAACUCAAAAUUACUCAAUGCACACUAGCAUGAAAUCCAUUCAACAUAACAUGGGUGUUAUCCACUCCACUAGAACACGGGCAUUAUCCACUCGAACGGCUCUUGAUGAUGCAGCAGCACAAGAAACUCUAGCCUCAAUUGAGCUUGAGGAAAAAGAAAGGUCGAAAAGCCAAGCGAGAUUAUCAAAGGAGCUGCAUUCACCUAGUCCACAACCUUUACCCCUCCCAUUUCCUCAAGGAGAUGCUUUUGAUUUAUUUCACUAUGAAGAACAAGUAUGGUCUAAGACCCGAGAUAGAUUGAUGAAGAAACAACGUUCAUCUAGUUCGCAACCUUUACCGCUUCCAUCUCCUAUAGGAAGAAGUUCAUUAAAGGCUAGUGGCAGCAUUAAAUCGGGAAAAACUAUUGAUUCCAUUCGUUACUUUCCUUAUGAGGAAAUCGCUGCUGCUUGCCUCAAUUUCUCUUCAGAUCGAUGCAUCUCAGAAUGUCUUUCUUCUACUAUAUAUAAAGCUUCCUUUGGUAUUGAUUCUUCAAGUAAGAAGCUUAAAGCCACGGUCACGUGCCUUCAACCGUCGACUCGGGGGUUGAGGGAAUUCAUGAAUGAAGUUAAUACUCUUGCAUCUUUGCAACAUCCAAACCUAUGUAAAUUGCUCGGAUUUCAUGCCCGCGAUGGUUAUCAACAAAGAAUUUUGGUUUAUGAGAGGCUAAGCAAUGGGAGCUUGGAUCGCCUUUUGUUCCGGAGAUCUGAUGGACCUUCAAUUGAUUGGAACUCAAGAAUGAAAAUUGCCAUAUGUGCUGCACAAGGUCUUACUUUCUUGCAUGAAGAAGGUCCUUUUCAGGCAAUGUAUAAUGAUUUUUCAGCAGUACAUAUACAGAUUGACAAAGAUUUCAAUGCAAAGCUUACAGGAUAUGGUUUUGUUGGACAUAUUGCCGACGAAGACAUUUCAAGCAGUUCAUCGGCGGCAGCAAACCUUUCAGUGGAGACAUUGGAAAAAGGAAUGCUAACUCCAAAGAGCAUUGUAUGGAGUUUUGGAAUUGUUCUUCUAGAGCUGCUUACCGGUAGAAAGAAUUUGGACAACCAUCUCCCUGAGAAAGAGAGGAGCUUAGUCAAGUGGUGUCGGCCUUUCGUAGCGGACAAUUUCCAAUUGUCAGCGAUCAUGGAUUCUCAACUCAAAGGUCGAUUUUCGCCCAAAGCAGCGAGAACAGUAGCUGGCAUUGUACAAAGAUGCCUCCAAAGGGAUCCAUCAGAAAGACCAACCAUGAGAGCCAUUGUUGAAAAUCUCAAAAUCAUACUAGAUAUGCAGUAUCCUAACAUGUGCCAAGAACACCAAGUGUUGAUGGCAUCAUAUGUCAUGCACCAAGAUUGA